CCUCCCCCAGGAAGGAAUGCCCCGGCACGGCCGCUCGAGCGCAGAGCGUGGGCGAGAAGCCGACCAAGGCGGGCGCCGGCCGCCUCUUAAGCAGACACAAAGCGCCGAGCCAAAAGGGCCCGCCGGGCGAGGCCGGAGCCGCCGACACCGCCGACACCGUGGAGUCCGUCGUCCCUGGGAAGAGUGGAAGCAAAGCGUGGAGCUGCCAUCACAGCAAGCAGACCAAGAGCAACCUCAGGGUCACCUCCCCGGAGGACGCCGCGCGCAGGCAGGCCUCGCCAAAUGGGCUGCCCGCUUCCAGGGCAGCAGACGCCAAAGAUCGCGCCGUCCCGCGGAGACACACGUUAGGGGGCGCCCGCGGUAGCCGAGAGAUCCUGGCCAUGCAGCCGCCCGACAUGGACAAGAAGAGGGAGGCCUUCCUGGAGCACCUCAAGCACAAGUACCCCCACCACGCGUCGGCCAUCAUGGGCCACCAGGAAAGGCUGCGGGAGCAGUCUCUGCAGGCCAUGUUCACCUCCCUGCGUUCGGAGCUGGACAUUCAGAGCUACCUGAUGACCAUCCGCUCGCCCGCUCGCACAAGCAGAAGCCCCAAGCACUGCCCCAGCCCGCAGCCCGGCGUGGACGCCGACCACCUCUCCCUCACCUCCUUGGACUCGCUGGAGGCCAUGUCCGAGGCAGACGCGCCAAUGGGCUUCACCCGGGGCAGCCGGGUCCGCGCCAGCCUGCCCGUGGUGCGAUCCACCAACCAGACCAAAGAUCGCUCGCUCGGCGUGCUCUACUUGCAGUACGGCGACGAAACUAAGCAGAUCCGCAUGCCCAACGAGAUCACCGGCAUCGACACGGUCCGAGCCUUGUUCGUCGGCGCCUUCCCGCAGAUGCUCACCAUGAAGAUGUUGGAGUCGCCCAGCGUGGCCGUCUACGUCAAGGACGACAUGAGGAACGUCUACUACGAGCUCAGCGACGUCAGGAACAUCACGGACCACUCCUGCCUGAAGGUGUACCACAAGGACCCGGCGCAGGCCUUCAGCCACGGGCCCCGGCCGGCCAAUGGCGACGCCAGGAUGCACAGCGACAUGGUGAAUCCUCUGAGGCAGAUUCCCACGGCGGCGCAGCACCCGUUACAGGCGGCGCAGCACCCGUUGCAGGCGGCCGUGCCGCCCUCUCCGCACUCGCCCUCCCGGAUCCCGUUCAGCCCGCGGCAGGGCUCUUUGCCCGGCAACGGCACGGUGCCCAGGGAGCGCCUGUCCAACCCCCCGGCCCGCUCCAGCUCGCCCUGCCCCAGCGCCAUCCUGGAGAGGCGGGACGUCAAGCCCGACAGCGACGUGAGCGGCAAGGCUCACGGCCUGACCAGGGGGAACGAAAGCUCGUACGCCGACCCGUACCUUCUGCAGGAGGGACGCACGGCCCACGGAGCGCACCCCAACCCGGGGCCCGACGGUCCCGACCACGGCUUCCACCGGGCGUCCAUCCGUUCCACCGGCUCCUACAGCGGGCCCAGCCCCACGGACUCGGUGGACCACCCUUCCCUGUACAGGCAGAAGUCGAGAAACAGCCAACUUCCCACGCUGGGCUCCAAGACGCCGCCGCCGUCCCCUCACCGGAUGGCCGACGUGCGGCUCGUCGACAUCCACGUUCCCGUGGAGAGGAGCUCGUCGCUGCGCCAGUCCUUCCGCAAAGAGGAUGCGGCGGGGAGCAAAGCCAGGAAUAACGUGGCGCCGUCAGAGCCGCAGGGCCACCCGCCGCCGAGUGACAUUCAGACACGAGAGCGAAUGAAGGCAAUGGAGCAACAGAUUGCCAGCUUGACUGGUCUUGUUCAGCAUGCACUUUUAAAGGGGCCAGACAAGGAGCCUCUCAGUGAAAGACCCUCAAAGACGUCGUCUCCAGCCCACAGCGCGCACAGCUCCGGCGGCUCACCCGUUUUGGCACCCAAGUGCGACGCUUCCACUUUGGCAGCGGCAGCAACGCAAGACCAGCAGAGCCAGAUUCCUCUCAAAGCCAACUUGCUGCAGUUCAGGAAGAAUGUGUCAGACCUCAGGAUGCAGCUGCAUCAGAUGAGGCAGCUGCAGCUGCAAAACCAGGAGAUCAUGCGAGUGCAGCUGAAGCGGACCGAGCAGGAGCUCGGCGCUAAACUGGCGGAGGCCGUGCGACGCCUGGAGGACCCGGUCCAAAAGCAGAGGGUUCUGGUGGAAGAGGACCGGCAGAAGUACUUGGGCCUGGAGGAGCGUGUACUAACGCAACUGGGGGAUCUGGAGCAAUACGUGGGCACGCUGCAGAAGGACUCGCCGGGCCCUCACCGAGCGGCGGCGGCGGCGACCCUCAAGGACGUGGAGGAUGGCGCGGUGAGGCUGAGGAAGGUCGGAGAGUCUCUCGCAGGGCUUAAAGGAGAGUUUCCAGCCCUGCAAACCAGGAUGCGCGCCGUUCUCCGCGUGGAGGUGGAAGCCGUCAAGUUUCUCAAGGAGGAGCCUCACAAACUGGACAGCAUGCUGAAAAGGGUCAGGAGCCUGACUGACACGCUGAGCGGUCUGAGAAGAUCUGCAAGUGAGAACAAUCAGAGAGUAGGCCUUCCUUCUUCUAACAUCUUGCUGGACAACAUCCCAUCUCCAGUGGAGAAGUCGGUAGUCACAGCCGCCCUGCCGGAGUCCCAGAGCUCCAGCGCAAAGCCCUCCUCGCCGCCGCUGAUCCAUGACGUCCAGAGCCCCCCGGUUCCCGUGCGGCAGUCGGCCAGCUUGUCUGUGGCUCAGCCCAGCUCGCCUCUCACGCCCGCGGACCCGCCCAGCCCGGCCCACCCCAAGAGGGCGCACGGGAGCCCGGUGAACCACGGCAACGGGACCGCCAGACAGGAUCUGGUCAUUGAAGAGUUGCAGCAUAGUAAGGACAAAUGCAAGAACAGAGCAAUGUCCAUCGAGGCAGCAGAGAAAGAGUGGGAGGAGAGGAGGCAGAACAUGGGGCAGUAUGAUGAGAAAGAGUUUGAAAAGCUCCUGCAGGAGGCUGAGGCCAACAUGAUCAAGGGCCUUCCCAGUCCUGAUGUGGAAAGUAACCCAAUACUGCCCCCUGCUGUCUGCAGAGAGCAAGCGAAAAGCCCUUUGGAGUCCCCAACAGAGUCGCAACCUGAGCCUCGGUCGGACAAACCGGCCCAGAGGGUUCUUCCCAAGCCGGCCAUGGAGAAAGCCGCUGCCAAAGCGCCACCGGAAAGACCCUCCAAGAGCGCCGCAAAACCCGCAUCCCCGGAUUCUUUGAACAAGCCGGGAUCUGAAAAGGCCGCCAAGUCCCCGCCGCCGCCGCCCCCUCCCAGGAAGGCCUUUGCCACCUCUGGCAUGACCACCACGCGUUCUGGAGAGGUGGUCUACACCAACAAGAGGGACUCUCGGGAGGGUGAAGAGGAGGGCCUCCUUCCCGCCGCUCAAAUCAAGCCCAACAAAAGCGCCCCGCCGGAACCCAAGAAGGCCGCCACCCCACCUCCUGUUGUUGCCAGGGAGGAGGAGGACGAUAGUGACAGGAUCAUGGCAGAACUUCAGGUUUUCCAGAAGUGCACUAUUCAGGAAGUAGGCCCGCCAAACACGGUGGAGCCCGCUACUCACAUGGAAGCUCAAAUCAGAGAGCUAAGAGCUGAAAAGAAGAGCUCAGAGCCAAAACGGGACGAAAAAGAUCCAGACACGGACGAAAAUGGAAACACGACUGUGCGGCGGCAAAGCCAAGGGGUCAUAUACUACGUGACCGGAAAGAUUCCCAAAGAGCAUCAGCCCCAUUCCGGAACAGAGGAAAGCCACGAACACCAGGAGCCCUGCCACUCUCCAACACAGGUGUCAAAUGUCACUCUUAAUGACAAUUCCCCAGGCCAGCAGGAGCAGCGGCUGUCCAAAUCACCGGCGCUCAAGUCCCCGCCGCCAAUUUCGCCCAAGCCCGUGGGACUGUCUGCGUUCCGACUGCCCGGGAAGGCCCUUAAGCGCUCUGAGUCCUCCGAGACCAGUGCGGAAAUUGAGAAGGCAGAGAAAAAGAGUCAGACCGUCCUGGAGUCCGUUCCUUCUACUAAGCAUGUCAAAACAGAGGCCGGCGGUGCCAAAGAGCGCUCUAAAAGUUCCACUCCGCCGCCGCUGCCGCAGAGGAGGUCCUCAUCAAGUGAGGAGCACCAUCCAGCCAAAGCUACCUUUGACGAAGAAGCCACUCUUAGUCCUGAUUUGCCAGGGGAGGAGGCACCUCCUCCACCGGACAACAUUGCCUUUAUGAUCACCAACACCAAGGUUCAGGCCCUUUCGUGCGGGGAGUACAAGGAGCUGGUCAAUGCCAAGAAAGGAAGCGUCCAGACCGUGACUGUCGGCGGAGGGAACAACGCGGGGGAUCCCCGCACGCCGCUGGACAACGGCUUCAACAAGAAGCCCGUCAUCAUUAUUUUCGACCAACCCAUGGACAUCCGGGCCGCCUACAAGCGCCUCUCCACCAUCUUUGAGUGCGAGGAGGAGCUGGACCGGAUGCUAGCGGCGGAGCGCAUCGACGAGGAGAGCGAGGAAUCGGACACGGACAGGAGCGGCGGGCCGCAGGGGAUAGCCGGAGCGCUCGACGGCGAAAAGGUCGCGUCUCCUCGAGCCGCAGGAGAUCGCACCAGCCUGUCGUCGUCGUCGUCGUCGUCAUUAAUUUCGGAAUCCGCGGACGCCGCAGCGUCCAACGGAGACGCCAAGCAGGACGGCAAGAAGAAGUUCAAGUUCAAAUUCCCCAAGAAGCAGCUGGCGGCUCUCACGCAGGCCAUCCGCGCGGGCACCAAGUCGGGAAAGAAGACGCUGCAGGUGGUCGUGUACGAGGACGAGGAGGAAUCGGACGGAACGGUCAAGCGGCACAAAGAGGCCAAGAGAUUUGAGAUCUCGCGCCCAAAGCCCUCAGCGGAGGCACCGAGCCCCGCUCCGCUAAAGAGGCAGAACUCGGAGCCGCUGUGCAGGACCGACCAGAUCCGCAAGAACACGUACAAGACGCUGGACAGCUUAGAACAGACCAUCAAGCAGCUGGAGAGCACCAUUAACGAGAUAGGGCCCGUCUCCGCCGAGGAGAAGAAGGGAGAGAGCGGGAAAGUGUCCGAAGGCCUGAGGAGGUCGGCCUCGCUCCCGACCUCCAAGGCCUCGGCGCUUAAGGUAGCCAGCAAAGGUUCUUUCCAGAAGAAGAGCAAACCUCUGCUCCUCCCGCGCCCUGUCGUCAUCCCCACCACCGGCAGCGGCACCAUGGGCUCCCCCGGUGCCCCCGGCACCAUCCAACAGAACACCAGUUCCCCCACUAGUCGGAUGCCCGUCCCUUUGUCGGCCAAGUCCAGGCAGUCGCCGGCUACUACUGACAAAGCAGCAAAACAGCAAAAACUGCAGGACGCUCAAAGGCAGUUCCGACAGGCUAACGGAAGUACUAAAAGAGUGGGAGGGGAUCAUAAAAGCACUUCCCCCACUGUCUCUAAAAUCCCCGCUUUUUAUCCUAGCGCUACUAAAGAUGCCGCUAACCCGUCCUCCUCUUCAUCUUCCUCCAAGUCCUCCCUCCCCCCCCCCCACAACGCUCGCUCGGCUUCCCUGCCCUCUUCGCACAUCCCCUCACUGUCCAACGGCUCCCUGAAGCCCCCCUCGCAGCACGCGGCUAAAGCUCUCUCCUUCUCCUCCUCCCAGACCCCCAACGGUCGAGUGCACUCUUCCCCCUCCUCCUCCUUCUCCUCUUCUUCAUCCUCCUCCACCUCUCCCUCCCCUCUGUCACCUUUGGGCCCGGGCGGGAAGAGCAUCCGCACCAUACACACCCCCAGCUUCACCAGCUACAGGGCCCACAACGGCAGCGGCGGCAAAUCCUGCAUCCCGACAGCCUCGGCGGCUAAGGACUAGCCACGCUUUAGCCUCCCCGCGGCACCCAACCAUUUUAUUUUUUUUUUUUACACACAGAGACCAGGUGAAAAGGCCGCAUCAUCAUUUUUAGUGGGUGGCUGUGGACUAACCCACCUCUUAAGACAAUCACAUCAUGUAAUUGUGAAGCAAGUUUGAAAUCUGAUUGGUUAAAAAAAAAAAACAACAACACAAAAUUCGCCAUAGUUGAAGUUACAUCAGCAAGCACCCCUGCUGCUGAAGGCCCUGGGAAAUGUGAUUGGACAAAUAAAAUGUAGCCAAAAGAAAUGUUCCAAAAUGAAGAAAGUAGAUUGUCGAGAAUACUGUAAAUCCAAUAGUCCAUUGACCGUAUAUUGGAAUUCAUAGGUUUGAAAAAGGUCCGUUUUCAACCAGCAGCGAUUGCCUUCCUGGCAAACUACUGCCUUAAAAAAAAAAGUUGAAUCUUGCUUUCAACGCUACAGAGCAGUCGAAACGAGUGACCCCGCUGUCCCGUCUCUCGUCGCUUUCUUCUAGUCUGCCUUGCUUCAUCCUCAUUUGUACGUAUAGAAAAGUAAAAAAAUAUACGGGCACUUUGAAAGAGGCAACGGCAUUCAAAUCAGAUGUAGUGUAUUACACAGACGGUGUACAGAUUGUUUUAUUUUUCGUACCAGAACUUUGGGUAAGCGUAGUAUAUUUAAUCUGUUGAUGUUUAUUCACCCUUGUAAAUGCCUUGUAUACAGAUCGAGUAUUUUCUCAUAAACGUUAACGCGUCUCAACUGACAACACUUUGUGGGGGGAUCGAUAAAGUAGCAACACGUGGACAAAAAAAGAAAGUGUGCCUAUUUGCCAAAGUUGUCCAGGUUUUGGAGGGAAUUUAGGGGGACGUGCACUCGUGUACCGCCACGGAAACUACUCGAAACAAAUCAAAGCGGGCGCCGUAAACAGUGAAUGCCUAUCAGUGUAAGUAAGUAGUAAGUAGUUUUGUUAGCACACCAAAGUUUUUUGCUUGACUUCAUCAGACACUAUAGGAGAGUGGUGUGAAAAAAAUGUUUGCACAGAGAGACCUUGUAAAUAUAUUUUGUUUUUGUAAAGCUUUAAGUCAUAUCUCAAUGUUGGGUAGCCACAGACAUUGAAGCCUGUUUAUAAAGCAGGGGUGGGCAACCUGUCAUAAAACGCCUCACAAACGUUUAACACGCAAUUCUUGUCAUCUCUAUAACCUUGCAAAGGUUGUUUCAUCUUAUGUUUUCAUCAUUUAAAUAAGUAAAAAGGUUCCCCACUCUUGCUGGAUUGUGAGCUUCCAUAGUUGUUGUUUUUUCCUAAAUAAAAGGUUU